GGAGAGGCUGAAGGGUGUGAGGUGGACUUGGCAUCAUGACUUCCCAUUCAGGAGCUGCUCCCGAGGCCAGUGAAAGCACAAGGAAUGCAACGCUGGAGCGGUGCCUGAGUGUGCUCAGAGACGCAAAACAUGACAGUGAGCAGUUUGCAGCCCUGCUCUUGGUGACCAAAGCGGUCAGAGCGGGAGACGUCGACUCCAGAACCCGUCGCCGGAUCUUUGAUGCAGUUGGAUUCACGUUCCCAAACCGGCUUCUUGCUUCCAGGGAGCCCCCAACUGGCUGUCCAGAGCACAUGUUCCGAGGACUUGGCCUCACUCUGCUGGCAUGUUUCUGCACUGAUCCGGAGUUAGCCAGCCAUUCCCAGAUCCUUAACAAAAUCCCGACCUUCAACAACAUCCUGGCUUCCCCAUCUGAUCCAGACGAUCUGUCCGCAAGCUCCAUGAUCGAUGACGUUUACCAGUGUCUGGGCGCUGUCAUGGGCACUCCCAGGGGCCCCAAAGAGUUGGUGUCCCAGGGAACCGUGUCAGCUCUGUGCCAGGCCUACGUGAAUCGCAAUUACGGCUGUGACCGCGCCCUUGAGGUGCUCCUGGGGCUUCUAGCCACAGCAGAGACUAAGUGCUGGCAGAGAGCCACCCCUGAUCUCCUGGCUUUGCUGAGCAGGCUCAGUGAGGAAUUCCACCAGGCUGAAGACAUGACCAAAUUCCAGCUGUGUGAUGUUCUGCCUCACUUUGUAUCUCCAGCGCUGCUGCUCGCCCGGGACCGACAGGGUUCCGAGUGCCUCUGCAACCUUUACAGAGGCCUGGCUAGCAUCCUGAGCAGCAAACUGAGCCAGUCCCAGCGAGACCCUGCACUGAAGCUUGCUGCCUGCCUCACCCAGGCCUGUGGCUCAGAAUGGAUCCCGACGGAGAGGGCUGGGAGCAAGUUCCUGGCCCUGCUGGUGAACCUGGCCUGUGUGGAGGUCCGUCUGUCCCUGGAGGAGCCGGACCCGGCAGACGUGGAUGGGAAGCAGGAGGUGGUAACAGGCUGUUACACCCUUAUUGAGCUGGGGAUCCUGGAGUGCAUGAAAGAAGAGAAACCACGGCUGAGGGAGGCACAGAAAUUGCAACUAGUGAGGAUCAUGGAGGAGGCAUUUGGGGCUGUAAUACACUACCUGAGACAGGUGGGAGAGCAGAAGCUGAAGGAUCCUUUCAUAUUUGCCUCUGUUCGAAUCCUCGGCGCCUGGCUAGCUGAAGAGACCUCCUCCCUCAAGCAGGAAAUCUGCGACCUCCUGCCUUUCCUCAUUCAGUACGCAAAGACGCUUUUCCAAGAGGGGGACAAAGCCAGGAGCCCAUCCCAGCAUGCGGCGGAGCUGGCUGGACUGGGCAGCCCUCAGGGCUCUGUGUGGCCCAGAGACGCUCUGAGAUUUCUGCUACCUGGCUUGUGCCAUUUGACGGCAGAGGACCGACCUCGGGAAAUCCUUAUCUCAGAGGGGGCUCCAGCAUUGCUGUGUCAAUAUUUCCUGCACCAGUGGGAGUUGUUGGCCUCUGACCCCCAGACCUCUGCUCCUCCAGACAGCAUAGAAAUCAGUUUGCAAACCACCUGUGGAGUUUUCCUUAACCUUGUGGUGACCGCUCCAGACUUGGUCAGGCGAGACAGAUGCUUUUCCUCCCUGAUGGAUGCGCUGCUGAAGUCUCUCCCUGCUCUGCUGCCCCAGAGAGAUCGCCUUGUUCUAGCAGCCAACGUUACCACGCUGGGCUUGAUGAUGGCCAGGAUCCUUGACACUUCUCCAGGUCUCCAGGGGACGCCACCAGCCAAGAACUUCUUCGAAGCCGCUAUCUGCUUCCUUUCUCAGGCCCAUGCUGCCCGGGCGGAUCCCGCCAGCCAGUGCUUGGUUGUGGCUGUGUCACCAGCCUAUGAGGCGGCCUGGGCGGACCUCAGUGAGCUGUGGUUCCUGGGGAUGCAGGCCUUUGCCAGCUGCGUGCCGCUCUUUCCCUGGCUGCCCCAAACGGUCCUCCGGUCACGUUGGCUAGACGACCUCUUGCGGUUAUUGGGCCAAGCUGCCCCGGUCUCAGUGGACUUUGAUCUCCUUACGGCAUUGCAGGGCGUGUUGCUGGAGCUGGCCAGAGCCAGCCAGCAGUGCAGAGAGUUGAUCGUCUUACAGCAGGGCAAGGAGCUGGCCAACCGUUAUGGCAUGGCAGCAUUAGAACAGUGCCUUUGUGAGCGGUGA